GUCCUCAAUAACUGAUGCAUUGUUCUUCAUGCUGGUUGUUUUAUUUGGCGUAUUAAGGAUUUUUAAUCCACAAGGGGUUUUUAACCCACAAGGGAUUUUUGGAUGAAGCAACAGAUGAAAUCAGUGCACGUAAAUAAAGAGGAUACUCGCCUGAAUUUUCCGUAGUUCACACUCCGAACCUGUAUCAUCGAUACAUAAGAAAUGCAAUCCAUCAUGGACCUAGAGGACAAAGAACAAAAGGGAGAAGAACAAUCUCCUGUUCAAAAGCACAAGAAGACGACCGAAAAUUUAAGGAAGAAAAAGAAUCCAAAGCAGUCAGACUACUUCAAGUGCUUUUACGAGGCAGACUACCUAAUUUUCAAAGGAUUUUGUUUCUUUAUUUAUGCUGCGUAUGGUGGUUUUAUUCCUUACCUUCCACUGUAUUUUAAACAGCUAUUCUUGGGCGCUAGUUACGCAGGGAUCAUUAUUGGUAUCCGACCUCUUAUUCAGUGUGUUGGAGCACCAUUCUGGGGAGUCAUAGCUGACAGAUAUCACGCGGGAAAAGUCAUAUUCUUGGGAAGUGUCAUUGCGUGGAUCGUGAAAGCUUUUCUUCUCCUUGCUGUGCGACCACACAAUCAACAAUGCAUUGAGAUAUACCUGAACGAAACAUCUAAUAUGAGUUACGUUUAUGCUUACGAUCUUUGGAACACAGAGGCUACCGAGGAACCAAAAUGGGUGGUUAUCCCACUGCAUCAUCCAAUUAUGGUGGAAAAAAAUAGAAUUACUGUGGUCGAUACACAAGCAAACACACAAGCAAUCAAGAGUGAAACUGGCGAACUUCCCGAAGAAGUAUUAAUAAAGAAUGCACCUCUUCAACAGAGGAAGCCUAGUCAUAAAAAUGCUUCCCGGCAUCACACGAAACCUAGAGGUAAACUGGGAGCCAUGACAGCGAUAGAGAAAAGAAAUAGAAGAAAUACGUCAAACCAUGAUCUUGUUCAGGAUGCGGACAAAGAUAAAAAUGUACCUUCCAUACUUGGGGAAAAUCAAGUUGGAAAAAGGUUUGAACUUAAAUUUAGCCAUAUGGUGAAAGUUUACAGUGAAGAAUUAGAUGCCUCGGUAGAAUUUAUCACUCAGAUUGAUACGUACGAAAUUGACUUCAUGUUCGUCAUGUUUACGUUAAUUAUUAUCAUUGGGGAAUUUUUUGAAUCUCCGACCUACGCUUUGUCAGAUGCUUCUCUUCUCAAGAGACUUGGAGACGAUAGAGAGUACUACGGACGUAUUAGGAUGUGGGGCUCACUUGGCUGGGCCAUGGCGGCAACUAUGGUCGGACUUAUAAUCAAUUAUUCUACUUUCAAACUUUGCCAAUGGCAACAAAACAACUAUAUAGUUGCUUUUUUCGUCUUCAUCGGGUUUGUCGCAGCUGCAUUUGUAAACGCGUUGUGGUUUCGCUUUACCUACGAUGAAGAAAAAAAAUUUGAAGAUAUCGGAAAAGUUGCGCCAAUCCUUCUAAGCCUUCGUCACACUUCAUUUCUGAUGGCGACCUUGUACACGGGUUUCUGUUAUGGAAUACUUGUUCAUUUUGUCAACUGGGUUAUUGAUGAUCUAGGGGGAUCCAGUUCUAUCAUGGGGGCUGCGGGCGCUGCAAGAGAAAUAGCCGCUAUAAUCAUGUUUGCCAUGAGUGCUACAACUCUCCAAGCCCUUGGCGAUGUCAACACAAUGGUAUUCUCUCUAUUAGCUUACAUUAUCUGCUUUAUUUGUUACUCUAAUCUUGGGAAUCCCUGGAUGGCUGUGGCAUUAGAACUGCUGGAUGGAGGAACUUAUGGUUUAGUUUGGUCCUGUUGUGUUCAUUACAUGAGCGAUGUUGGAACAAAGCUGGGUGUCGUGGAUACCACACAAGGGAUCCUUCAAGGAAUAUUCUGGGGACUUGGUAACGGUGGCGGUACUAUGAUCAGUGGUGCACUGAUCGAGUCGUUCGGCGCUACGAACACGUUUCGUGCAUUUGCCUUGGGUGGUACUGUAGUGCUUGUUAUUCUCAUUCUUGCUCAGUAUACGGCAGGUCUACUCGAGCGGAGAGAAAACAAACGUAAAGAGUACGAGUUACUCUCCGAGUCGGAGAGUGAUGGGUCAAAGAGUGAAGAACCGCAAGAGCAUUCAGAAGAGGGGGAAGGUGGAUAUAAAGGAAAGCUGUCCAAAACCACUCACUGACAAGUGAUGUGCUGAUGGA